GUAAAUCUUUGCUAGAGUAGCACGCAUGUUGCUGGGGAAAGAAAAAAUGUUGUCAUUCGUGCUAGUUUUUCUCCUACUGAGAACUGCGUACGCGCCUGUCGGCGCGACCUACGUGAGCAAGGAGCGGGAAACAGAACGCGGCAGCGUAGCGGAAUCGCAAGUCAUUGAGGAAGGCGAACAGCUUUCGUCGCAAGUUCGCGACAUUUCAACCGCAAGCAGUGGCCUGGAAGGACCGAUUUGCCCCAAUGAGGUAAGACUUGUUUGUACAACAGCAUCAGACACCGUUGUAAGGCUGGUCGUUUCUUUUAGUGACCGGAAGCUGAAACCGUAUUAAUGUUUGCGGACUACCCACGGGGUUGUAUCUAUGGUUUCACAAGUGAACGCGCUCAAACGCAAAAAAAUCUUCACCUGCAGCCGCUCCAAAGCCUGAUAGAACCGGCCGGAAAACAGGACCACGAGACCCUCCAACUGCUGGAGGACAACAUCGCACGGGGCUACAUCGCCGGUGCGGGAUGCGCGUUGAAGAGGCCCAAUGGCGGCAACGCCUGCCAGUGUUCCAUGCCCUGGUUCCGGGAGUGCCGGCGCUCCUCCUAUUUCGGUGCAACUGACGCCCGCAUUCGGAAGAUGGGAUACUGCCGAGUCCGGCUCUGGGUCUUCGCGUGGCCGCUGAUAGGCUUGUUGCUGCUGGUUUUCGCGGUCCACCGCUGGCUGGUCCUGCCGACUUUUGAAGCACAACAGAAGAUCAUUCGUAGUCGCUUGCGAGCCGGCGGGGCCACUGCAAGCAAUUUGACGUCCAGCAUGAUGUCGCCGGAGGACGACGAGUACUACGCAACCUCUUCCGAAGAGGAAAUAACCGACUUGCAGCACGCGGCGCACAUCUUUGGCAGUGCAAGAAUGAGCUCCUCCGCCUACGGCACCCUAGCACACGCUGCGAAAGACGGUGUACACCGCGGACUCGCGGACGCGACCUCUUCGCCUGGGUCGUCCUCCCCAGCGCCGUCGGGAGGGUUAAACAGUCCACCAGCUACAGGAGUAGACCAACAGCAGGAGGAGGACCCGAUUGCGAGGCUAAAAGCCGAGAACCUGUUGGUGAAGCGGAGCAACAGUAGAGAAGAAGAUUGGAACAAACAGUUUGUUGUUCCUGCAGGCUCACCUAUCAACGGUGCGAGCGACCAGCGAAGCAUAAACUUUGAUGUCGACGGCGGUUCCGGUGGCGGCGGGGAGCGGAUUCGCACUCGCCCAGGAACGACACCACCGGGGGAGCAGGCCUACUACGCUGUCGGAACGGGUGUAAAGUUGUACUACAACGACCAAUCUUCGAGGACAUCGAACGAAGCGAUGAACCUGACGCAGAGCGACAUCAGUCUCAGCGAAAGCGACUUGACGCCGUCGCUCUCGCCCUUCCCAGGUGCGGGCGCGGAGCAGUUCCCAGCUCCGGCCGGGGAAGUGUCGCGUUGAUGAGAUGUGAAGCCGAUGCCGAUGCAUAAUCCACAAUGAAAUUUGUAAUUAGAUUCUAAAAACUUGUACAUCAAAAUAUUGAAGAAGACCUCCCUCGUAGUUUAGCACGUACCAAUCUCACAUCAAUGUCGACAUGCAUUCGUCCCGGAUAUGCCCACGAAGUCACUGUAAAGCAAAAGCGAAUAUUUGAAAACGGGACAUCGAGGAUGUUGCCGUAGUAAAACCCCUCCUGCCUAUUCUUGUACAGAAACACACCUUCAGGCUACUGACAAAGAAAUGACGAUGAAACUCCCAACCAAAUGCAACGUGCGGCACCACCCAAAU